AUCGCUAGCGUUUCUAGACCAAGACUUGUUCGACAACGACGUCGACAGCAACGGGUCUUCGCCAGUCUUCGCUUUUGCACUACUUUUGACUUCUGACGCCUCUACUCCUCUAAAAAGAUUUCAGAAAGAGACGAUACCUCUCAGUCGCUUGCUAAUAUGGUGGGCAAGAACUCGAAAAGUUCAUGUACGAGAUGCGAAAAAUUCGAACCUCGCGUAGAUGUCAGUUCUGCGAAUGUUUACACGAAGUUGCGCUUGGAAUUCGGAACGUCCAUCGACGACUCGGAGGGCGUCGAGCAGACGAUGCGCCUCUGCGACAGAGACGUCGAUGACUAUGAAACAAAGCUGGCCUACCUUCGAUCGCAGAUCAUCUACAUAGAAACCCAGCGCGCGCGGGUAAUAGACCAUAAAAUCGAGCUUGGUUCGCUCUUAUCACCCAUCCGAAAACUUCCUAAUGAGAUUUUGGGUAUCAUUUUCGAUUCUGCCUGUAACCAAAACUUAUUAUGCGACUCCGAGGACAAAUAUUCUGCUAUCCGCGUCCUUCCUGCAUUGGCCAUCAGCGCGGUAUCUUUUCGAUGGCGACAUCUCGCUUUGUCCUCCUCGCGGUUAUGGUCAACACUCAACUUAAAGUUUUCUGUGGUGGCCAUAGCGGCUGAGUUUAUGUUGAAGCUCAAACUCUAUCUGGAGCGAUCAGGAAAUUCUCCGCUCUUUCUCGACGUGAAGUUCAAGGGGUUUCCUGACGAUAAUUCUUCUUUGCCUGUCAUGGACCUUCUUGUGCAACAUUCAAAACGCUGGAAAACUUUCACCGUGAAUGGACAAUGGUUGCUUACAAGCUGUUACGCACUUUUACACCCCCGACAGCACUUUCCCAUCCUUACAGCGCUCAGCACAGAUGGCGAUUUCCAUCAGGAGGAAUUGGACAUCUUUGAGGACUCACCACAACUCUGUUCAGUUAGAACAACAGUACUUCCCCCGUCUAGGCUCCCGUCCCACCAGCUCACUCAUGUUGAAAUCGCUGUGCCUUCAUCUGAAGACUUGAUAGGGCAGUUGGACAGGUCUCCUAAUCUGACCACUAUGGUGCUUUUGGGACAAAAACAGUCCUUCAGUGUCCAAGACUUAGGCAGGCUUUCGAGAACAAUGCCAAUGGUUCGGUCACUGGUAUUGCAGGUCCAAUUGAGCAAUAAUCUGCUUCAGACAGUGUUCUCAUGCCUGACAUGUCCCCGUCUUUCGGAACUCAGCAUAAGUUCAGCUUAUCAUCAUUAUGACAACAGUGCAAUUUCUGUGAUACCUUGGCCAAAGCACCUUUUCAAAUCAUUUAUGUUAAAGGUUUCAUCUGGAUUGACGACUUUCACUAUCCGGGAUAUAUCGAUUUCCGACUUAGACCUUAUCGCUGCUCUUGAAUUUAUGCCUUCGCUCCGUAGCCUAGCCAUACAUGAUCUUCGGUUACGGAAAGAAAAUAGUCCCAUAACUACGCGACUCAUUCAAAGUCUGCACUUACGAGGCAACCAACGUUCCAGCUUCAGGUCGCCUCUCGUUCCCAGAUUACACGAUCUUGCAGUCGAAUUUGGAGGGACCGAUUUCGACGAUACGAUUUUCGUCAGUAUGGUCGCAUCGCGCUGGCUUCCCGACCGAGAUUAUUCCGCCGGAGUUGACGUCGAUCGCUUAGGAUCCGUGGUUUUGAAGUUCUUUCGACGGGAGGUGAACAAGGAAGUCUAUCAGCCAUUACAAGACCUAGAGGUGAUGGGCUUGAGAGUGGUUGUUGAUGGUGCCAUGGAAAGAAAGAAUUAUCGGAAAAGGCGAUAGUGACAUUUUCACACAGAACUUAUCGUCGAACCACAGGUCGCAGCUUUGCGCUUGGAAUUCAUCGAAGUCUAGACUGUAUACGCAACACAACACCGUUUUUUAGACUACUGAUCUUGUUCAAACUAUCUAAUACUGAUUAACAUUACCAAUGUUUAUACAUAGCAUGCUUCAAGUACUUGUUGUUGUUUUUCAUUCACUGUAUUAAUUGUAUAUUUCAGUAACAAUCCUGAAACCAUUGAAGUUAGACUAUGCAUUCCUCUCAUCGUUUGUCAACA